ACUCUUAAAGAAGCUGUUAUUACUAUUCAAGCCUACUUGAGGGGUUACAUUAUGCGUCAUAAAUACAUAAGAGAGAGGGCAGAAAUUGUUAAGCUACAGUCAGCCACCAGAAAGAUUCUCUGUCAGAGAUAUUAUGCAAAAUUGAAACAAACCGUCAUUGAAGUUCAAAGACGAUACCGUCAAAAAGUGUGUGUUUCAAGAGUGAAAGAGGAACACUUGACUACCAAGGGUGCAGCCAUUACCAUUCAGACAAGCUACAGAAGACAUCUUCAGCAGCGAGACUACAUUCAACGGUCAGUUGUAGUUCUUCAAAGUGCUGCUAGAGGUUGGAAAGCUAGAAGACAAGUAAAACAAAGAAAACUAGCAAUUGUCCAUAUUCAGGCUGUUGUCAGAAAGCUUAUUGCUGUACAGAGGUUUCAAUAUUUGAAGAAAUACACCAAAAUUUGUCAACAGCGGUAUCAAGCCAAGUUACAAGGAAAAUUGGUUCAUCAUCAGUAUAUGGCCCUUCGUCAAGCAGCUGUGACAAUGCAAUCAUACUACAGAGGAAUCCAGACUAGGAAAAUGAUGUUGCUGAAACAAGAAAGUGCCAGAAGAAUUCAGUCGUGGUACAAAGGACGAAAACAAUAUAUAUUGUACAAAGAACUGCGAAAAUCAGUCCUUAUCUGUCAGAAAACUUACAGAUCUAGUAGGUUAGCACAGUCAGAUCGAAAGAAGUUCUUGGUCCUUAAAGGAGCAGCUCUUACUAUAGAGGCAUUUUAUAAAGGUUACAAGACAAGAUGCACAUACCAAAGAUUGAAGCAGGCCAUAGUAUUGCUCCAGUCUGCUUUUAGAGGUUUUCUAGAAAGAAGGAGGCUAAAGAAACAUCAUGAAGCUGCGAUUUUGAUACAGCGAGCCUUAAGGAACCACAUGCACAUUAAGCUUGUCAAGCAGGAGAAAGCAAGACGAGCAUACUUGUUGCAAUUCACCAGGAAGAUAGAGAUUCACCUGAAAGCAACAGUCAUACAGAGACGCUACAGAAAACAUGCAUCACUUUGUGAAGCCAAGAAACAACUUCACAGUGCCCUCAUAAUACAGACUAUUGGUUCAUGA